AUGAAUUGCAAAGAGGAGUCUUACAGUCUUCAUUGUGGAGAUAAGUGUUUACCAGGUGUCAGCAUGGCCUUUAACACCAGAGUGGACACAAACAUAAACCAAACGUGUCCAUUAUUUGACCAUCUCUACUUCUUUCCUAUCAAUGCACGCAAUAUUAAUGCAAACCGGGGGCUGCGUGGAAUAACCACGGACAUGACUGCAAUGGGGAAAUUCAAGCAUAUCCUGCUCAUUUUCGCAGGUCUGAUUACCGCAGCUAAUGGUGAACCUUGUGGUGGUUUGGUACAAGGACUGAAUGGAACAAUUGAAAGUCCAGGCUUUCCCCAUGGCUAUCCCAACUAUGCCAACUGCACCUGGAUCAUUGUCACAGGAGAGCGUAACAGGGUACAGCUGUCAUUUCACACCUUUGCUCUGGAGGAGGACUUUGACAUAGUCUCCAUUUACGAUGGGCAGCCCCAACCAGGCAAUCUGAAAAUGAGGUUGUCUGGUUUCAUGUUGCCAUCACCCAUCGUGAGUUCGGGGUCAAUACUAGCAUUGUGGUUCACCACGGAUUUUGCAGUUAGUGCCCAGGGAUUUAAAGCUAUAUAUGAAGUGCUACCAAGUCACACAUGUGGGAAUCCCGGGCUGAUACCGAGAGGUAUCAUUCAUGGAACCAGGUACAACAUUGGAGACAAGAUCCGCUACAGCUGUGUGAUGGGCUAUGUUCUAGAGGGUCAUGCUGUGCUUACGUGUAUUGUGAGCCCAGGAAGUGGUGCAUCAUGGGACUUCCCAGCACCUUUCUGCAGAGCUGAAGGAGCUUGUGGAGGAACAUUAAGAGGAACAACCGGAACAAUAUCCAGUCCUCACUUUCCCUCAGAGUAUGAAAACAAUGCAGACUGCACGUGGAGUAUUCUGGCUGAGCCUGGCGAUACUAUCGCCCUCGUUUUCACAGACUUUCAGCUGGAGGAUAGAUAUGACUUUUUAGAGAUCAGUGGCACAGAAGCACCAUCUAUAUGGCUUACAGGCAUGAGUCUGCCUUCUCCUGUCAUCAGCAGCAAGAACUGGCUACGACUACAUUUCACAUCUGACAGCAACCAUCGGCGGAAAGGGUUUAGUGCCCAGUACCAAGUGAAAAAAGCUAUCGAGCUCAAAUCCAGAGGAGUGAAAAUGCUUCCAAGCAAAGAUACUAAUCCUAAAAAUGCAGUCUUGAGCCAAGGGGGAAUGGCAGCAGACGUUUGUCCAGAUCCAGGCAUUCCAGAAAACGGGAAACGAAUUGGCUCCAGCUUCCAGGUGGGAGCCAGCAUCCAGUUCUCCUGCGAUGACAGCUAUGUGCUUCAGGGAUCAAAGAGCAUCACUUGCCAGAGAGUGACUGAAACCUUGGCUGCUUGGAGUGACCACAGACCUAUCUGUCGUACAAGAACCUGUGGUUCUAAUUUAAGAGGGCCUAAGGGUGCGAUAACAUCUCCAAAUUACCCUGUCCAAUAUGAGAACAACGCCCACUGUGUGUGGGUAAUAACUGCAGUGGAUCCUGGGAAGGUUAUCAAGCUGGCCUUUGAGGAGUUUGAACUGGAGAGAGCAUAUGACACAUUGACAGUGGGUGACGGUGGGAAGAUUGGUGAUGCCAGGACUGUUCUCUAUGUCCUUACCGGUUCCAGUGUUCCUGAUUUGAUUGUGAGUAUGAGUAACCAGAUGUGGCUCCAUCUCCAAUCAGACGACACCAUUGGAUCCCAAGGUUUCAAGGCCAUAUAUGAAGAAAUUGACAAAGGUGGCUGUGGAGACCCUGGCAUCCCAGCCUAUGGAAAGCGAACAGGAGAUCGUUUUUUACAUGGCGACAUGUUGACCUUUGAGUGUCAAGCUGCUUUCGAAUUGGUUGGAGAGAGAACAAUAUCUUGCCAGCAAAAUAACCAGUGGUCUGGAAACAAACCCAGCUGUGUCUUCUCCUGCUUCUUCAAUUUCACCACCCCAUCUGGAAUUAUACUCUCCCCAAACUAUCCGGAGGAGUAUGGGAAUAACAUGAAUUGUGUUUGGCUCAUUAUUGCGGAGCCUGGCAAUCGGAUACAUCUCAUCUUCAGUGACUUUGAGGUGGAGCCCCAGUUCGACUAUCUCAUCAUCAAAGAUGAUGGGGUGCCUGAGCCCACCACUUUCGGGACCUUCUCUGGCAAAGAUGUGCCCUCCCAAAUUGCUAGUAACGGGCAUAUCAUGCGACUGGAGUUCCAGUCAGACCACUCUAACACUGGGAAAGGAUUUAACAUCACCUAUACAACAUUUGGACAGAAUGAAUGUCACGACCCUGGCAUUCCCAUCAACGGCCAGCGCUUUGGGGAACACUUCCUACUCGGAAGCUCCGUUCUCUUCACAUGUGAUGAGGGCUUCAUUAAAACCCAUGGAUCUGAAACGAUCACCUGUGUCAUUCAAGAUGGUAACGUGGUUUGGAACGCAGCUGUCCCCCGGUGUGAAGCUCCGUGUGGUGGGCAUUUAACCGCUCCUGUGGGUGUCCUGCUGUCACCUGGUUGGCCAGGGUAUUACAAAGAUUCUCUCAACUGUGAAUGGGUGAUUGAAGCAAGAAAGGAUCACGCCAUCAAGAUAUCUUUUGACAGGUUUCAGACAGAGGUUAAUUAUGAUACGUUGGAGAUUCGGGAUGGCCCCUCCAACUCGUCGCCAUUAAUAGGCGAAUACCAUGGUACUCAGGCCCCCCAUUUCCUCAUCAGCACCAGUAAUUACAUGUACCUGCUAUUCACCACUGACAACAGCCGCUCCAGUGAGGGCUUCCACAUCCGCUACGAGAGCAUUAAGAUGGAAACAGACUCCUGCUUAGAUCCAGGGAUUCCGGUGAAUGGGAAGAGGCAUGGGAACAAUUUUGCCAUUGGCUCCAGGGUAACUUUCAGCUGUGAUCAAGGUUACACCCUGAGUGAUGAGGAGCCUAUUGUAUGCGAGAGGAACCAUCAGUGGAAUCAUGCAUUACCCAGCUGUGAUGCUUUGUGUGGUGGAUAUAUUUUUGGGAAAAGUGGGUCUAUCCUAUCCCCUGGCUUUCCUGAUUUCUACCCAAACUCACUGAACUGUACAUGGACAAUAGAAGUGUCUCAUGGAAAAGGAGUGCAGCUUCUCUUCCACACGUUCCACCUGGAAGACUCCCAUGAUUACUUGCUCAUUACGGAAGAUGGGAGCUUUACAGAGCCGGUGGCAAGGCUCACGGGUUCGGUCCUGCCGCCUUCCAUCAAGGCUGGUCUCUUUGGAAACUUCAGCGCUCAGCUCCGUUUCAUCUCCGACUUCUCCAUGUCAUACGAGGGCUUCAACAUCACGUUCUCAGAAUAUAAUCUGGAGCCAUGUGAAGAUCCCGGAGUACCUGCAUACAGUCGCAGAGUGGGUUUUCAGUUUGGAGUGGGGGACUCGCUAAUUUUUUCCUGCUUCAGUGGUUACCGUCUUGAAGGGGAAAGUAAGAUCACUUGUCUGGGAGGUGGGCGACGAGUCUGGAGUGCAGCCCUGCCAAGGUGUGUGGCUGAAUGUGGAGCCACCUCCACUGGGACUGAAGGUGUUCUGCUGUCACCCAAUUACCCAGCCAAUUAUGACAACAACCACGAAUGCAUCUACCGCAUUGAGACAGACAGGGGGAAAGGCAUACAGAUUAUGGCCACGACAUUCCAGCUGCGCCAGGGAGACUUCCUCAAGAUCUAUGAUGGGAUAGACAGUUCAUCUCGACUCCUGGGCAAUUUCACCAAAAAUGAAAUGCUGGAUAUGAUCAUCAACAGCACCUCAAAUCAUCUGUGGAUUGAGUUUAACAGCAACGGCACUGGAACCAGCAAAGGCUUCAAGUUGACCUACAGCAGUUUUGAUCUCAUCAAAUGUGAGGAACCAGGGACUCCCAAUUAUGGAUAUAAAAUCCAGGAUGAUGGACACUUUGCCGACACGUUUGUGUUGUAUAGCUGUAAUCCUGGAUACACACUGCACGGAAGCAGUACUCUGACCUGCCUCAGUGGAGACCGGAGAGUUUGGGACAAACCUCUGCCAUCUUGUGUUGCGGAGUGUGGAGGACACAUUAGUGGAGCUACAUCCGGGCGAAUACUGUCUCCAGGCUACCCCGCACCCUAUGACAACAAUCUGCACUGCACCUGGUCCAUUGAGGCAGACACAGGGAAAACCAUCAGCCUCCACUUUAUUGUCUUUGACACGGAAGUGGACCAUGACAUUUUGAAAGUGUGGGACGGUCCAACUGAGACUGGUAUUCUGUUGAAAGAGUGGAGUGGUUCGUUACUGCCCGAGGAUACUCAUAGCACCUUCAACGUUCUCACCCUGCAGUUCGACAGUGAUUAUUUCAUCAGCAAAUCUGGCUUCUCCAUCCAGUUCUCAACUACAACUGCCACGACCUGUAAUGACCCUGGGACGCCCCAGAACGGGACUCGGUAUGGGGACAGCAGGGAACCUGGUGACACCAUUUCAUUCCAGUGUGACCCUGGAUAUCAGAUGGAGGGUGUAUCCGAAAUCACCUGUGUUCAGCUUAACAACAGGUUUUUCUGGCAGCCAGACCCUCCCACAUGCAAAGCAACCUGCGGAGGCAAUGUGACAGGACCUGCUGGGGUAAUUCUAUCGCCCAACUAUCCACAGCCGUACCCACCAGGAAAAGAAUGUGACUGGCGGAUAAAAGUCAAUCCUGACUUUGUGAUAGCUCUAAUUUUCAAAAGCUUUAACAUGGAGCCCAGCUAUGACUUCCUGCAUAUCUAUGAAGGUGAAGACUCCAAUGGGCCGCUGAUCAGCAGCCUGCAGGGAAACCAGGCCCCGGAGCGCAUCGAGAGCAGUGGAAACAGUCUCUUCCUGGCUUUCCGCAGCGACGCUUCCCUGGGGAUGUCUGGAUUUGCGAUUGAAUACAAAGAGAAACCAAGGGAGGCGUGUUUCGAUCCCGGAAGUGUAAUGAAUGGGACCCGGCUGGGAACAGACUACAAACUGGGAUCCACGGUUACCUAUCACUGUGACUCUGGCUACACUAUAGUAGGGUCUGCCACCCUCACAUGCAUUAUAGGGGCAGAUGGGAAACCUGUGUGGGAUAAGCCGCUGCCUACGUGUAGAGCACCAUGUGGUGGGCAGUACGGCGGAUCUGAGGGAGUGGUCCUUUCUCCAAACUAUCCUAAUAAUUACACCACUGGCCAGACAUGCUCCUACUUCAUUACUGUCUCUGGGGAGUUUGUGGUUUUUGGGCAAUUUGCCUAUUUUCAAACAGCCAUGAAUGACUCGGUUGAACUGUUUGAUGGUCCCAAUCAGAAUGCCAGAUUGCUAAGCUCCCUAGCAGGGUCUCAUUCUGGAGAAACCUUGCCUUUAGCCACUUCCAACCAGGUCAUGCUGAGAUUCACUGCGAAGAAUGGCCCAUCUGCCAGAGGUUUCCACUUUGUUUACCAAGCUGUACCUCGAACAAGUGAUACCCAGUGCAGCUCCAUCCCUGAGCCCAGAUAUGGCAGACGGAUUGGCUCCGAGUUCUCGGCUGGCUCUAUUGUCCGCUUCGAAUGCAGCCCUGGAUACCUUCUCCAGGGAUCAAAAGCCAUCAAAUGUCAUGCUGUCCCAAAUGCAUUGGCACAAUGGAAUGACACCAUUCCAAGUUGUGUAGUUCCGUGCAGCGGGAAUUUGACAGAAAGGAGAGGCACCAUACUUUCCCCCGGGUUUCCCGAGCCUUAUGGGAACAGCUUGAACUGUGUGUGGAAAAUCAUUGUUACUGAAGGAGCUGGAAUCCAGAUACAAGUGAUGAGCUUUGCUACUGAACACAACUGGGAUUCUUUAGAAAUCUAUGAUGGCGCUGAUAUGACUGCUCCAAAACUGGGAAGUUUUUCGGGUACAACAGCUCCAGCCUUGUUGAAUAGCACCUCCAACCAGCUUUACCUGCACUUCCAUACAGAUAUCAGUGUCGUGGCUGCAGGAUUUCACCUUGAGUACAAAACCGUGGGACUUACUACCUGCCCCGAGCCUGUGGUGCCAGCCAACGGCAUUAAAAGCGGGGACCGGUACAUGGUAAAUGAGGUGGUGUCAUUCAGCUGUGAGCCUGGAUACGUGCUGCAGGGUCACUCUCAUAUAUCCUGUAUGCCAGGAACUGUGCGUCGCUGGAAUUACCCCCCACCUCUAUGUAUUGCAAAAUGCGGAGGGAUCCUCUACGAAAUGAGCAAUGUUAUUCUAAGCCCUGGAUUUCCUGGGAACUACCCCGGUAAUCUGGACUGUACCUGGAGGAUUUUAUUGCCCGUUGGAUACGGGGCUCAUAUCCAAUUUCUAAACUUCACCACAGAAGAUAACCACGAUUUUUUAGAGGUUCGCAACGGCCCCCAGCACAGCAGUGCCCUCAUCGGCCAGUUCAGUGGGAGCCAACUUCCACCCCCUCUCCUAAGCACAACGCAUGAGACCAUCAUCCACUUUUAUAGUGACCAUUCCCAAAACAGACAGGGCUUCAAACUGACUUAUCAAGCAUAUGAGUUACAAAACUGCCAAGAUCCAUAUCCUUUCCAUAAUGGAUAUGUCAUAAAUAAUGACUACAACCCAGGCCAGUCAAUAACGUUUGAAUGCUACCCUGGAUAUGUUUUGGUUGGACAUUCAGUGCUGACCUGCCAACAUGGGACCAACAGGAAAUGGAACCAUCCCUUUCCACGAUGUGAGGCUCCCUGUGGCUAUAAUGUGACAGCUCAAAAUGGCACUAUUUUCUCUCCUGGGUAUCCCAAUGAAUAUCCAGACUCCCAGGACUGUACCUGGCUCAUCACCGUGCCACAUGGUCAUGGUAUUUACAUCAACUUCACCCUGCUUCAGACUGAGCCUGUAACUGAUUACAUAGCUGUAUGGGAUGGCCCUGAGCAAAGUUAUCCUCAGCUGGGCAUUUUCAGUGGAAAUACAGCCCUAGAAUCAGCCUACAGUUCUCUCAACCAGGUCCUCAUCAAGUUUCACAGUGACUUCUCCACAAGUGGAUUCUUUGUCCUCAAUUUCCAUGCUUAUCGUCUUAAGAAAUGCCCUCCUCCACCUGUGGUGGAGGAUGCAGAGAUGUUUUAUGAAGACCAAGACCAUGAAAUUGGUGAUGUCGUAAGGUACCAGUGCCUUCCAGGUUUCACAUUAGUUGGCAAUGAUGAACUCACCUGUAAGCUUAAUUCGCAUCUGCUAUUUGAAGGCCCUCCACCUAUAUGUGAAGCCCAAUGUCCAGCAAAUGAGGAACGAACAGCAUCUUCCGGGGUGAUCUUAAGUCCAGGAUAUCCAAAAAACUACCCUAAUUCCCAAACCUGUUCCUGGAUCAUCAAAGUGCUGCCAUCACACACAAUCUCUAUUUAUGUGGAAAUGUUUCAGAGCGAGAAGCAGUUUGAUGAACUUGAGAUCUUUGAUGGGCCGUCUGGACAAAGCCCAUUGUUGGUCGCACUCAGUGGAAACCACUCAACACAAUUAAAUUUUACAAGCAAGACUUAUCAGCUUUACCUCAGAUGGUCAACAGAUCACGCAACCAGCAAAAAGGGAUUCAAAAUCCGAUAUACAGCUGCCUAUUGCAGCGUGAACAACUCACCCAGGAACGGUGGAGUUAUUAACCGAACUAAGGAUCGACCUGGCAGCAAGUUGCAGUACUUCUGCAACCCAGGCUAUAGGAUUGUAGGCCAGAGAAAUGCCACGUGCAGACUCCAUCCAAAUGGGCUGUAUCAUUGGGACACCCCUGCACCACUUUGUCAAGCUAUUUCCUGUGGAGUUCCCCCCACCCCAGGCAAUGGUUCGUUCCAUGGGUUCCAGUACACUGUGGGCAGCAGAGUGCAUUAUCAGUGUAAUGACGGUUAUAGGAUGGAGAGCAGUCAGUCUCUCUCUGCCGUCUGUCUGGAGGACGGGACUUGGAGCAACGCUGCGCAUCCUCCUCUCUGUUUACCUAUUCAGUGCCCUGACAUCGAGAGCAUGCUCUCAGAACACAUGCAAUGGCGGCUAAUCUCUGGGUCACUGAAUGAGUAUGGGGCUGAGAUUAUGCUUACCUGCACUCCAGGCUACUAUCUGGGGAGCAGAAGAACUAUCAAGUGCUUAGCUAAUGCAACAUGGGGAGGAAUGGAGGAGAUGUCCACCUGCAAGAUUAUUUCAUGCGGAGAGCUCCCCUCACCUCCUAAUGGUAAGAAGAUGGGGACCCUGAAUACUUUUGGAGCCACAGCCAUAUUCAUGUGCAACAUGGGAUACACGUUAGUGGGCUCCCACGUGCGAGAGUGUCAGGCUAAUGGACUCUGGAGUGGAGUGGAAACCAAAUGUUUAGCCGGACAUUGUGAUUCUCCUGAUCCCAUCAUUAACGGUCACAUUAGUGGUGAUGGCUCUAGUUAUCGAGACACUGUGGUCUACCAGUGCAACAUGGGAUUUCGACUCAUUGGAACUUCAGUUCGUAUAUGCCAACAAGAUCACAGGUGGUCUGGGCACCCACCUGUUUGUGUCCCCAUAACUUGCGGCCAUCCUGGAAACCCAGCAAAUGGGCGAACCAUCGGGAAUGAAUUCAACCUGAAUGACAUCGUCAAUUUCACAUGCAACACGGGGUAUUUGUUGCAUGGUGCUUCGAAAGCACAGUGUCGCAUGAACGGACAGUGGAGCAGCCCUCUUCCAGCGUGCAGAGUGGUAAACUGCUCUGAUCCAGGCUUUGUUGAGAACGCCAUUCGUCACUCUCAACAACGCUACCCUGAGAGCUUCAACUACAGAAACAGUGUGAUGUAUCACUGCAAGAAGGGCUUCUAUCUCUUCGGCUCAUCAGUUCUCACCUGUCAGUCAACUGGCUUCUGGGACAGAUCACUUCCUAAGUGCCUUCCUAUUUCCUGCGGUGAUCCCGGUACGCCACCCUACGCUAUCAUGUCAGGAAAGAAGUUCACCAAUGGAGCUGUGGUGCAUUACAGCUGUAUCCAGGGCAGAGCGCUGGUGGGUAAUGCCAGCCGUUACUGUCAGGAGGACGGCCGUUGGAGCGGGUCACCGCCCUACUGCUCCGGUGGGAGUCCUGGUCUGUGUGGUGAUCCGGGCAUUCCUCCACAUGGCUCCAGACUGGGUGAGGAGUUCAAGCUGAAAAGCCUCCUGAGGUUCACGUGCGAAGCAGGCUACACGCUGGUCGGCUCUUCAGAGCGCACCUGUCUCCAUAACAGCUCGUGGAGUGGAACGCAGCCCGUGUGUGAAGCUGUGUCCUGUGGAAACCCUGGAACGCCAGCCUUCGCUAAGAUCGUCUUCAGCGAUGGCAUGCUUUUCCCGAGCUCGGUCACGUAUGCAUGCUGGGAAGGGUACAAGACCUCAGGCCUGACUACUCGUCACUGCACCACCAAUGGCACAUGGACUGGAUCCCCACCGGACUGCACAGUGAUCAGCUGUGGAAAUCCUGGUCCCAUCGCCAAUGGAAUUUACGUGGGGAAUGAAUUCACAUUUAACAAGACUGUCUGUUACCAUUGCAACCCUGGCUACCUUAUGGACACUGCUGGGUCGUCCACUUUACACUGUACCAAGGAUGGGACCUGGAAUCAGACCAAGCCGAGCUGUAGAGUUAUCAUGUGUGGCCAGCCGCCGGCCAUCCAGAACGGGAAAGUGGAAGGCUCAGAUCUGCAGUGGGGCUCAAGUGUCACCUACAGCUGCUUCAGUGGUUACCAGUUGUCAUCCCCAGGAAUAGUCACCUGUGAGGGUAACGGUACAUGGAGAGGCGAAGUUCCACAGUGCCUGCCUAUGCUCUGCGGAGAUCCAGGCACGCCGGCGGAAGGCUAUGCCGAGGGGAAGCAUUUCACCUACAAGUCAGAGGUGUCAUUCUACUGCAGAGUGCCAUACCUGCUGGUGGGUUCUUCCAGAAGGAUAUGUCAGGAAGACGGGACGUGGAGUGGAAUCCAGCCCUCCUGUAUCGAUCCUGCGCUCAAUGCUUGCAGAGAUCCAGGUACCCCUGCAUAUGGAAUACCCGUCCAGGCUCAGGGAUUUGAGGUUGGGAGUAAAGUUUUCUUCAGAUGUCGGAAAAACUAUCAUAUUUUGGGAUCAACAACAAGAACGUGUCUGGAAAAUCUGACAUGGAGUGGAGUCCAGCCUGAAUGUAUUGCUCAUGCUUGCAGACAGCCUGAAACUCCAUCUCAUGUAGAUGUUAGAGCUAUUGACCUCCCCACUCUGGGAUACACAUUAAUGUACACAUGUCAGGACGGCUUCUUCUUGGCCGGAGGAUCAGAGCACAGAACAUGCAGAGCAGAUGGCAAGUGGUCUGGGAAACCCCCAGUCUGCAAAGUUGGACCAAAAAUAAACAGCAAGUCAAAAGGCGACCCUGACAUGCAGAAAAAUAAAAUUCAUGUUCCAGUGGAUGUGUUCUCUUUAAAUUCGGGUUGGGCGGGAUUCUAUGAGUAUCUCGGGAAGAAACAGGCUGCCACCAUUACGGUCAAUUCAUUCAAUGCAUCAACCAGUCGAGUGAAUGUCACACUUCUGGAGCAGAGUGGAGUACAGAUAAAACUCUCUGGGACAUACAAGAAAGAGGAAAAUCAUCUACUACUGAAGGUUUACCAGAUAAGAGGCCCAACGGAACAGUACUUCAGUAAAUUCAAAAAUGAUAACUGGGCAAUGGAUGGAUAUGUCACUGCAGAAUCCGAAAAGAAGAUGUUUGUUUACCAGGGUCAUAUUCACAGCAAAGAUUUUGGGAAGUUUCAGUUGACAAGACAAGGUCUUAUAACGACAGAUAUGGAUUCAUCAAAUCCUUACUAUGGCACAAACAGCAGCUCCGUAGCAGCCGCUAUUCUGGUGCCAUUCUUUGCUCUUAUUCUAUCAGGGUUUGCAUUUUACCUUUACAAACACAGGGUACUAUCACAAGGCACAGAUGACAGUGAGAGAUCCAAAGACGUAAUCAGGGCCGACCCCAGAACAAGACCAAAAGUACAGUACAAUGGAUACGCAGGACAUGAAAACACAAACGGACAAGCCUCGUUCGAGAACCCCAUGUACGACACAAACAUGAAACCGACGGAGGCGAAAGCUGUGAGAUUCGAUACUACACUGAACACAGUCUGUACCGUUGUAUAG